AGGCAGUUGCGUGGUCAGCUGCACUCACGGGUCCUGGUCCUGGAGGUGACAUUCAGUCAGCUAGCAGGAUCUGGGGAAGCAGUUAGCCUCGAGAAACGCGUCAACAUGGCACAGGCAGUCCAAAAACUGGUCGCUAAAGUACCUACCCUGGUCGGCGCCGCUGUCACCUACUCCAAACCACGGCUAGCAACCUUCUGGUACUAUGCCCGUGUUGAACUUGUCCCUCCUUCCCCUGCUGAGAUCCCCAAGGCCAUCGAGGGGGCCAAAAACCUUGUCAAGGCUGUCCAGACAGGCCGUCUCGGUCAAACCACAGUGAAGGAUGCAGUUAGGAAUGGACUGGUGGCCACUGAAGUAUUGAUGUGGUUCUACAUCGGAGAGUGCAUUGGCAAAGGAGGCAUCAUCGGCUAUGAUGUUUGAAUUGUGGACUGUCAUGCUUUUUUUUUGUCUUGAGCGUUGUCUGCUCAACUUCCUGCAGAAAUCCUGGGAACCAAUAAACAGAU